AUCAGAACAGGAAUGGAAUAUUAACAAUGGGUUUUUCAUCAUUACUUUGCCCUAGACGCUUUACUUUUUAGUCCUUGCCAGUCCUUGCCACUACUGGAAAAUUGUGUCAAUAUGUCCGGGGAUAGAGCAGAAAUCCUCCUGGGACAUUCUCCACGAAGCUCUCCUGGAGCUGCGAGUGUCUCCCGUCCUACCCCGGCAUCCCCCUCCCAGAGGUUGGCGCAGAUUAGGUACAGAAGGAGAAGGACACGGGACGAGAUGUUCUCCGAACUUAUGGGCUGCUCCCGAGCCAAGGCGGUACAGCAGACCCAGUGGAGGGAGAACACGUCGCAAUACCAGCGAUCACACAGUGAACGGGAAGACAGGUGGCAUCAGGAAGACGAGCAGACGACUCAAAUGCUCCUUGGACUAAUGAGGGAGCAAAAGGACACGCUCCAGCGCCUUGUAGAUGUUCUGCAGGACCGGAGGCAGGAGGACAGAGCCCCGCUGAAGUCUCUCCCUAACCGCCUUCCCCCGCCACAAAGUCCCAUCCCCCCCUCACCCAAAGUCCCAAGAAGGAGGGGCGGCAGGGGCCGUGAAAACAGUCACUCCACCCCUGCAGACUGCUCAAGUACCAGACGGCUCUCAUUCCCAAAGUUUUGAUAAGUCCUUUCCUUCACUCCAAAAGCACCUCACCCAAGCCCCCGUCCCAGUGUCAUCCCCUGUGUAGUUGUUAAUAAAAAAUACGUUUCUGUUCA